CUCCAUCUGUGAGACGUGAUACACAAUGGAAUGUUCAAUAUUACUUGUGUACUAAGGAAAUUUAUAAGAGAUGGAGCUGAGAGGAAUAUUGAAAUAUUGUUAAAUAGGAUUUGGUCCAAUUGGACUAUGAGCAUAAAUAGAUAUAAGUAGUUGAAUUUAAUAACAUCAGGUGUACAAUGGAAGCAGCAAAUCAGGAUAAACAACUUCCUUCACGGGGGUUAAAGCAAGUAAAGGUAGACAAUUGGGGAACUUUCUUCCUUCAAAGACUUCAGCAGCUUUAUUUUGAAGAAGAGUUACUUGAUCUUACAAUCAAAUUUCCCACUAGUGAUAUCACUGUUCAGGCUCAUCGUUUAGUCAUAACAACAUGCACAGACUACUUUAUGCAAUUGGAACGUGAGCAAAAAGAAAAGGAUGAAAAUUUUGAUGGGGUAAUUAUCAUGCCAGCAGAUAUGCCAUAUGAAUGUGUCAAGUCAAUUAUAAGUUUUAUGUACACUGGACAGUUGGAGUAUUGGACUUCUGAGUAA